AUGAUUCUACCAUCCGUCUCAAAAUCCCCCACCCCGUCUCCUCACUUUCCCCAUCCGAGUACUAAAAAUCCUUUCUUUAUUCAUAAUUUCCCUCCUCAUCUUCAUCACAUUCAUAAAAAUCCCAACUUUAUUGUUGUUGCAUCAUCAUCAUCACCAGUCUCAGAUGCUUCUCCCUCACUUCCUACUCUGAAACAACCCAAUACUCCCCAAUCGUCAAUAAGAUUGGGACCCUUUACAGGGAGGGACCCAGAUGUGAAAAAACCAGAGUGGCUGAGGCAGAAAGCCCCGCAGGGGAAAAAGUUUGAUGAGGUGAAGGAUUCAUUGUCAAGGUUGAAACUAAACACAGUUUGUGAGGAAGCCCAGUGCCCUAAUAUUGGGGAGUGUUGGAAUGGAGGUGGAGAUGGGAUUGCUACUGCCACCAUUAUGUUGCUUGGUGACACUUGUACUCGGGGUUGCAGGUUUUGUGCUGUCAAGACCAGUAGGAAUCCUCCUCCUCCUGAUCCCAUGGAGCCUAUCAACACUGCAUUGGCCAUUGCCAGCUGGGGAGUGGAUUAUAUUGUGCUCACGAGCGUGGAUCGUGAUGAUUUACCUGAUGGUGGAAGUGCUCACUUUGCUGAAACAGUGAAAGCCAUGAAGGAACUGAAGCCUGAUAUAAUGGUGGAGUGUUUAACUUCUGAUUUCCGGGGUGACCUUGAUGCCGUUUCUGCUCUAGUUCACUCGGGAUUGGAUGUUUUUGCCCACAACAUUGAGACUGUGAAACGACUCCAGCGAAUUGUUAGAGAUCCAAGGGCUGGCUACGAACAAAGUUUGUCAGUUCUGAAACAUGCGAAGCUGAGUAAGGAAGGAAUGAUAACCAAAUCUUCAAUUAUGCUGGGACUUGGCGAAACGGAUGAUGAGUUGAAGGAAGCCAUGGCAGAUUUGCGGGCGAUUGAUGUUGAUAUCCUCACACUUGGACAGUAUUUACAGCCGACUCCAUUACAUCUUACUGUCAAGGAAUACGUUAGCCCUGAAAAGUUUACGUUCUGGAAAGAGUAUGGAGAGUCAAUUGGUUUCAGAUACGUUGCUAGUGGACCACUGGUGAGAUCAUCAUACCGAGCAGGGGAGCUGUUUGUGAAGACAAUGGUGAAUGGUGAGAGAGAGAGGGCGAAGUGCAGCUCCACCACAUCUCAAGCAUAA